CAUGUUUGGCAUCAGUUGAUCCAGUUCAGUUGACCGUCGUAACACACAGACCACAAUAUGUUCAAGCUGGUGGUGUUGUUUUGUACCUUCGCUCUUGCCGCGGCCAAGCCAAGCUACGUGGAGCCAUGGGCCUACAGCGCCGUGGUUGGUCCGGCGGUCACCUCCGUCGUCACUCCUGGAGUCAGCUCCGUGUCGCAGUACAGUAACAGCGUGGUGCAUGGCUCUCCAGUGGUUCCAGCUGUGUACGGCGCUGCAUACGCCCCGGUCGCUUCUGCCGUGUACCCGAUAGCCCAGGCGCCUGGCUCACCCGCCGUUGUCCUUGACGCUGUCAACGGAGUGCCGCUCGACACCCCCGAGGUGGUUGCUGCUCGUGCCGCCCACUACCAAGCCAAGGUCCUCAGCGGUGCCCACGUGAUUGCCAAGCGCUCCCUGGCAGCGGUCUCCCCCUACGCCUACAGCUCCGUCGUGUCUCCGGUCUACCCCUCGACCUACUCCUACCCAGGGUCAUAUGUCCCCGCCUACGGUGCUCAAGUAGUAUCUCCUUACUCAUAUGUUCCCAAAGCUCUCUCAGUCCACCCCUGGUAAAUACUUCAUUUACCCAACAAAACUCUGUAAAUCUGAUGUUCUGUUAUAAAGCGCUUUCCAGUCAAUAAACAAAUUUCAUUUUAA